AUGGCAGGUCCUUCAAAUCAAACUCAACCGCCGCCGCCCGUUCUGACGCAGCCUUCACUCUCUUUUACUCAAGGCCUUCUUGUCGGCCAACUCUCUGUAGUCCUGCUGAUCGGAGCUUUCAUCAAAUUCUUCAUAUUCGGCGAAGCUCCUCCGCAUCCUUCUCGAAACGGCCUAUCCAAUCGCACGAGCUCUCACCGACGGUCAUAUUCCCUAAAUUCAAUAUCUGCAGAUUCUAGUCCACGGACACUGAGAGAAAAGCCCUCGACAUCCAAUAUACUCCGACCCGUCCCCUCUUCCUCUACAAACACCCGCUCCAUCCUUCGAAAGACGUACUACAGCGCCACGCCCACGAAUCCCACGUCCAAGCAUAGCAGAUCCCGCCCCCAUCACUCUUCCCAUCAGCCGGAAUCUCUUGAUUGGUUCAAUGUUCUGAUCGCACAGACUAUCGCACAGUAUCGACAGACAGCAUAUAUCCUCAAAGACUCACCUACAUCCUCCAUCCUCGCUUCUCUCUCCGAAGCGCUAAACAACCCGGAAAAGAAGCCUUCCUUUAUCGACAGCAUCAAGGUGACAGAUAUAUCAUUAGGAGAGGAAUUCCCCAUCUUCAGCAACUGUCGAGUUAUCGCCGUUGAAGACCCAAAUUCAGAUGGCGGCCGCCUCCAAGCACUCAUGGACGUCGAUCUGAGUGACGAUAACCUCUCACUCGCCGUCGAAACCUCCCUCCUUCUAAACUACCCAAAGCCCUUCUCCGCCGUCCUCCCCGUCGCCCUCGCCGUCUCCGUUGUCCGCUUCUCCGGCACAUUAUGCAUUUCCUUUGUCCCCGGCCCAGGCACCUCAGACCAAACAAUGUCCCCAUCCCCAAGCCCGCCAAAGGAAGCCAGCGCAGAAAACAUUGCCGUCGACCACCAAAGUCCUGAGCGACAGAGCGCUAGGCAACGGGCACCUCACCAACACAAAUAUACAAAUACAAAUACGGCCGGUGCCACUGCCGCUGCCACCGCCGACGACAACGACACACACGCCAAGCUCCCCCACGGCAUCCCCAAAACAAGCCUCGCCUUCUCCUUCCUACCAGACUACCGCCUAGACCUUUCCGUGCGUUCCCUCAUCGGCUCCCGCAGCCGCCUACAAGACGUGCCCAAGGUAGCACAGCUCGUCGAAGCGCGCGUGCAAGCAUGGUUUGAAGAGCGGGUUGUCGAGCCGCGCGUGCAAGUUGUGGGGUUGCCCAAUAUCUGGCCGCGGAUGGGGAGGACGGGGGUGAGGGGGAGUCAGGAGGAGACUGAGGCUGGGGCAGGGGGGUCAGCGCCAGCUGAUAUUCCGGGAACGGCUGGUGGGGAUGGUGUGGGGGUUCGGGGAGGGGGAGGGGGAGGGGGAGGGGGAGGGGGAGUUGGUGGAAGUGGUGGUGGAAGCAUGAGAGGGACGUCGGGGUGGGGGAUGGGAUAUGAUGGGCUGCGGUAUCGGCAUAAUGCACAUGGGGAUGGUGGGGUUGGCGCUGGGCCGGGACAGAGUGCGGGUGCAGCGUUGUAUGGUGGUGCUCAGGGUGGUGGAGGAGGCGGUGGGAGGGGCGGCGAGGAACAGUUUGCGAUACCAGGUUCGAUGCCAGACCCGGUAGUUGUGACAUAG